UCACGCAGUAUUGCAUGAAAAAGGCGGCGCAAAUGUACGACGAGAAGCACCCAUUGUCGGACCUGGUAGGCGGCGAAAUGGUCACCAGGGGCAUGGGAACCGAAGGCCUCCACAAGGGUGUGCCGUACUAUGGAGGAUUUCUCGCCUCAGAAAUGACGCAGUUCCGUUCUGAUACUGAUCCGGAAGCUCAAUUCGCUCUGCUGGUCCCAGGCGAGACGAAUAGUGCAGACAUUCUUGGGGGUAAGGCACUGCAAAUCAAGGGUAAGGCUCUGCCAUUGGGUCACGGAAAGAGCAUGGACAUCCCGAUUUAUGAGUCAACGUGUCCGCUGUGGGAUCCACAACAUGAAAAAGCGCUUGUGUACGAAUGGAACUGUCAGACGAAGGUGAUUCCAUUGCUCACUGGUGGCGUAAAUCAUUAUGAGGAAGUUGCUGAUGAAAUUUUCUUGCACUGGCUCGCGUACUGGUUCGCUGUGAAGAUGCAGCCCCCGAAAAGAGCAGAAAACGUCAAGGACCCACGCACCGAGGGACGCUGCGUUGCUCGUGUCGAUUCGUGGUGGGUGUCAUCUACUGGCACACACCUCUACUACGUGACAGAGAAGGUUAACCCAUUGAAGCAAGACGACACUAAGGGCGCGGAUGCUGCGGCCUUAUUUGGGCAGCUCCGUGAGUGCCUUCAGCAGCUCCAUUACUAUGCACAGAUAGCCCAUGGCGAUGCGAUCGUGCGAGGCAUGGGCUGGAGUGGCCCCUGGGGUUCAACUCGGGACCCAAAUCAUCUGCGCAUUUUCAACUUCGAGCAUGCGGCAGCUUACGUGCACAAGCCUACCCCUCAUGCACUAUUCGGAGAGCCCAGCAGACUACCUCAGGGCCCCGAGAUUGACCCUCCUGGUGGCACCUCUCAGUACCGACAUCCGCACCUGUUGCAAAUUCCCAGUUGCACUGCCACUACUGGCCACUUCAUUUGGUCGAGUAAUCCCGUCGAGAGGAUGGGCUUCGAGCUGGGGCAACCGCAAAUCGUCCGCUUCGGCUUUCACAUCGAUAUUCACGCGCUCUCAGCCAGCUGGUUAGAAUCUGCACUGGGUAGAGACGCCACAUGGUUUUUGGCUGAUCCGAUGUGUGGUUGGAACCUCAACGCAGUGGCCCUCCAGACGGUCAAGGAGUCGUCCGACGACCCACCACCCUUCGAAUAUUGCAGCACUGAGCUUGAAGCACAGAGCAAGUGCAGCAUGCCUGCCGUCGUGCAAAAUUGCAACCGUCAGAUCCGUUUCAGUCCGGACCCUCCAGAGGAGUUGAAGGGUAGUUCCGUCUCGAGUCACCAGAAAGAACAGGCAACUUGCUAUAGAGGUUACAAUAUGGUUCAGGCGCAGUCCCUCCUUUCUUUGCGGGAAUCAAUUUUUGCGAAGUCUUACCCAGCCGACUUGUUGGAAGGCUUCCAGUACACUGCGGUGCAGCUUUCGUCGCACGGGGAUUCAUCUAGGAGCCACCUGAUAAUAGAGUCGGCGGACACACGAGUUCCCUCUGCGGAAGAGUCGAAGCUCUUAACGGAAUUCUGCGAUGAACAACGAAAGUCCAGGACGAGCCUUCUGGGUGUUGACAACGUGAAAACCCUAACGGAGUUUAAUAAAGCUAUGUUGAAAGAGGGCGACGCCCCGUCAAAGCCGAUGCUGGCUGGCUUCAACUUUUGGACAGGUCGGAGCUCCAUUUGCGUAUCCGACAGAACGAUGCCAUUUCCCUGGGCUGACGCACCUAGUGCGAUUCUAGCACACGUUGAUAAGACGAUCAAGUAUUUGGGUGAGCUUGCUGUUCCGGUCGUCCGGGAGACGCAGCAGCAUGAUCCCCACGACCAGCCUGAUUCGCCGAGCGAUCCACGUUUCUGGGAUGUAAGUGCAGAGUUCUACGACCUCAACAGCGGCCAGAACGUUAACACAAAUCAGAAGACGUAUUAUAAGACGGUUGUUGAUGUCAUGAACGGCGAGUGCGAGCGCCUGGGAGGUUGCUCCAGUGCUGCUCCAAUUAAGACUAGUAGUUGAGUUUUUCAUCAUCUGCUGCCUGGCGUGAUCCAUGGUCCCGCUGAGUCAAAAGGCGUGAACUUCUCAUAUACUUAGUUGUACGUAAGUAAUUGACGAGGACUCAGACUCACUCUCGUCUUCUUCAGGGACGACGAAGAGACACAAGAACACGCCUGGCACUCAAGAACCAUUCUUGAGGAUGUUGAAAAAAUGCUAUGAUUCUAGAAAUUCUAAUCAUGGUGGAGGACCAAAGACGGAGGAUCUCGCGAAGAUCAUCAAACUUGCGCGCAACAGUGAGAGCAUCCUUUUCGCAUCCAUAUUCGCUAACUUCAUGAUGCGUAUGUCUACAUAUAUCACUGCGAAAAAGGAUCCGCAGUUGCGGGACACAUCACUGCCUGAGACGAUCCGAAGCUGGGUGCAGCAUGGAGUGAGUAAAGUAGCCGACGUGGUAGCCAAGGAUCUUGCCUCCGGCGGCAAACCACACACCGGCGACGAGGAGACUUAUGACGGCUGCUCUACUAAUUUCACUUUUUCAAGAUUGAGUACCUUCUUCGGCAUUAAUUAUUAGCAUUUGUUCUUUUUACAUUGUCUUGUGGUAUAAUGUUGGUCUCGACAGUUUACAUAGUCCCCGUGACGAGUUGUAGAUUCCUCAAAGAGCAAGUUAAAAUGAAAGAGAACUUGUUCUUGCUGUAGUUCUACGGUAAAUUAUAGAAUGCUGUGCUUGAUUCUAAGCCUUCGAGGACCCCGUAAGCAUUCUUGCCGACAGGAUUCUCGGUUCUUUCUUUACAGUACUUGUCGAUCCAGACCGAGGAGCGCCCGGCCAGUCUAUCCUACACGGAGGCGUGGACGCUGUUCUGAAGAUCGACGGGAACAUGCUGGAGCGCUUGAGCAGCACCACGAACGCGGGCACGCAUCUGAAUGGUCUCAAGAUUGAGAGAGAGCGUCCUUUUCAUGGUUAUUCUGCCGGACAACAAGACGGGCUGAUUGAAAUAUGCCCUGAACCCCUUGCCAAAGUGAUCGGACACAUCAUUGGUGUGUGGUCUUCUCUGAUGGGAGUCCCGAGCGCCGCUGCUGUGGCUGAAGCUGAACGUCUUGAAGCGGAAGCUGAACGUGAAAAAGCUGAGCAUGCAGCUGAAGCUGCACGUGCUGCAGCUGAAGCGGAGCGUCUUAAGUCUGAAGAACGUGAAGCUGAAGCGAAGCAUGCUGAGGCUGUACGUGCUGCUGAAGCUGAGCGUGAGGCUGAAGAGAGGGCUAAGCUUGCUGCCGCUGAAGAUGCUCUAAAAGUUGUCGAGCAAGAGCGUGAUGCUGUGCUAGAGAAGCUGAGUGCUGAGCACACGCGUGCCGAGGAAGCUCUGCGGCAGCUGCAUGAUGAGAAAGAGCGCGCAGUCGAAGCUCAGCAAAAAACCGAGCAGGCGCAGACCCACGCCCAAGCCGCUGCAGCUGAAGCUGCCGCACGGCUUGCUGCUGCGCAAGCAAAUGCGGAGAAAGCCGUGGAAGAGGCUGAGCAGACGAAGCGGGCCGCAGCUGAGGCCGAGCAAGGUCGUGUCGCGGCUGAAGAUUCUGAAGCUGCUGCUAAAGCUGAGCUUGCUGCUGAGAAGGUGCGCGCAGAUCAAACGAAGCGCGAAAGCGAGAGUGCGCUUGCUGCCGCUG